AUGUCACUGACUCAAAAACUGACUGGCAGCCCUAGUCCAUUUUGCUCGGUGGUUAGAGCAUCGGCCCAUAGACGGAAGGAUCCCAGGUUGCCCAAUUACUUGCCACACGUGCAGAGAGUUGGAACUACGUCUAGCAACAAUAAGACCGCCGAGGAUAUCAACAGAAUGAGAAGCAUCUACCAACUCCCAAGCCAGACCUACUACCGGCAGGUGAAUCCCCGAGCUGGAAAGUUUGCUUACUGCACCAGCAACGUCUUUGAGCAGGAAGUUUACUUUGAUAAAGUCCAGGUCAUCCACCAGAUUGGUGCAAAGAGAGACCAAAUUUUCCUGGAAAACCUCAGCCAGUACAACAAGCAGCUAUCUCAGGUCUUCCCUGAAACCCCAGAAAGGUGGACUUCCCAGCCAGUUCCUGAAGCACCUUGUAGGCCCGUGAAAGGAGCCCUGCGCUGGACUGCUUUGCCCACCCCGGCCAAGGACCUGCUGCUGCAGGGGGUUGAGGAGGAUGUGCCCAUUAAGACGAGGAAACUAAAAACGCAGGAGGAGUCACCGAAGGAGAACGUGACUUGGAAACUGAUGGUCCUGCGGAGGAUGCUGCAGGAAUGGAAGACUGCCUGGGCUCUAAUCAUCGAGUGGCACCAUGAGACAGUAGAGGGUCUGCUGCGGAGCUUGGUGGACAUGCAUGAUGAUAUUCGGAUCCAUGCUAUUGUCACAUGUGCCACAGCUGCUUUAGAACGGCCCCGGACUAUCAGCCAGGGGGACUCAGACAAGGAGACUGUGGGAGUCCCAUCAAUCCAGGACUUGCCAGAGGUUCUACAGCCUGCUCUGGAGGCUGCUCUUUGUGACAAGAAUUUCAACGUGCAGAUGGCAGCUGCGAUAUGCCAAUAUGCUAUACAGUCACAUAAUCCCCUUGCCCGGAACAUCAUGCAGACUGCCCUUUUGAAUGGUAAUAACGUCGACAGCUGGGCUGCAGCUCAGUGCUUGGCUGUGGAGGGUACAGCCUCUUACUCUGUGAUUAAGAGGAUCCUUCAUCAGCUGUUUAACAAGAAGAAUGAGAAAACUGAACAGCAGGUUUACAUGCUCCUGAGCCAUCUCAGUGGGAAGACGACCCUGACACACACCAUGCUUGCUGUGGAGCUGAACAGCCAUCAAUGGAAGGACAGGAUUAUAGCCUGCCAGACUCUCUCGCGGAUCAGUGGAAAUGUCUGUUUGGAUAUAAAACAUAAGUUGAUCCAGCUGAUGUGGAAUGACUGGAAUAAGGAAGUCAGACAAGCAGCUGCCAAAGCUCUGGGGCAAAUGAGCCUUGGGAAAGAAGUGCACGACACGAUCAGAGUCAAACUGGGUAAAGGAAAUUCCCGAGAGAAGGUGGAAGCCCUGUCCCUGAUUGGUGGGCUCAAGCUCAUGACUGCCAAGCUUCUCCCAAGCUUCCUAAACUGCUUCUCUGAUGACUUCGUGGCAGUUCGGCGAGCAGCCUGUUUAGCAGCAGGUGCCCUGCAGAUCCGUAAUAAAAUGGUCCUUGAAUGCCUCCUGAAUCUGACACAGAGAGAUCCUUACUGGAAAAUCAAGGCCUUUGCCAUUCGAGGUAUGACAGAAAGAGUGGCCCCAGCUCCUCAACCUCAAAUAUGCUAGUACAAAUGAUCCCCAGAAUUUCCCUAGGAAUGGUGGAGUGCAGGGGAGGGGAUGAUCACACCUGCUCAGAAGUUCCUUGCCUGAGAAAUCAGAUUAUUUUCUGCUUUUAAAUUUUUAGUUAAGGAUCCUGAGUCUAGGUCAAUGUCAGACUUGUUAAGGCAAAGGGCUGACAGUCCCUGACAAAUGAAUUAGGGAUGAGUUCCAAGUAGGUAACCACUGUCGGAAACACUUGCUUUCUCUGGAGGUUUCAACUAUAGGACUCUCUAAAAGUCAGACCACAUUCAAAAUUGCUACAGACGUAAAACCCUGCCCUCAAGAUUUCCUAUUUCUUUUUAAGGAUCUUUUGCAUUGCUUCUCUCUGACAGCCUUUGGCAGGUCCUUAGCAGAAUCUGCCCUAGGUAAACCUGUGAAGUUAUUGUGGCUCCUUUCCUCAUCACUCUGCCUUGACUAGGCUAGUUUUCUGAGUUAUCUGUCCCAUAUCUCAUCCCUACAUUUACAAUA